AUGAGCAAAGAGGCGAAAGUUGAGGAAAGAGACUACGAUUGGUUGAUCUCGAGAUCGAGAACCGCAUAUAGUAUUCUCUCACUGGAAGAUCUCCCCAGAGAGGAGUGUACCACUUCUAUAAUAAGGAAGGCCUAUAGAAAGAAAGCUUUGGUGUUACAUCCGGAUAAAAGCAAAUCGCCGAAUGCGCAGGAAGAGUUUAGAGAGUUGUCGGUAAGCUAUACGAUACUUCUAGACCCCAUAUUACGUCAGCGAUACGACAAUUAUUUAGGAAAGAUUGACGAGAGACGCAGAUUGAAGGGCCAGGUUCUAGGACAGCGAGAUCGACUGAAACAGGAUCUUCUUAACAACGAGGAAGUUUAUAUAAGUGGUCAAAACAAGAAGGAGAUGCUUCAAAGGAAGGUGGCUAUGCUUCAGAGGGAGUUUGAUGAGCUUAAAGCAGCUAAGCUUGAAGAGUCUUCACAGCGUGAAAACUUAAACGCCGAUGAUAUGACUACACAUUUGGUGAGCAAGAAAGUACGUGUGAAAUGGAAGAACCGGCCGGAGAUUGGGGAUGCAUUUGAUGAGGAGAUAUUGGGAAAAUUGAUGGGAGUAUUUGGUUUUAUUGAAGACGUCAGAAUGUCUUCUUUAAAUAAGCCUAGGGAUAACCACCAUUAUGCCACGGUGACAUUUAAAUCUGCCAUAAGCAGCUCAAUGGCAUCUGUGCAUGACUAUUCGACAUCCAGUUCAUUGUGGGAUGAAGUGGAAAUGGGAAAAUUGGCCAGAUUACUUAGAUCAGUGAAAUUGCAACCACAAUUGCAGCUAGAGACCGAUAAAUACAGUCAGGUCCAGAAACUACAGUUGUCAUUCGAAGACUAUGUUGCACUAAGUACAAUUGGUAUUAAACGCAAUCUUUAA